AUGAAUACUUUAAGUUCAAAUCCUAAAAAAACUAUGUUUUAUGCUGCUGCCUAAAGUAUUAAAUGUCUAAAUCUUGUAGACAUGUUAAAUUAACAUUCAAAUUAAUCAUCCAUGUCAAAUUUAAAACGAGGUUUAUUUUAAUUGGCCUUAGUUCCACCUAAUAAUCAAAGAGAAUAACUGAAUCAAUCAUUAAACAAUAAUUCUGAUAGAGCUAAGCAAAAUAUCUCUUUACCAAGAAAAAGCAACAUUUUUUAAUAGGAUAGGGAUAGAUCACUCUCAUAUAAAUUAAAUAACUCCAUUGAAAAUAAUACAUCUUAAGAACGUUUACAGAAUGCUUAUAAUAUUAAAGGUAAUUUUUAAAAUGCAAAUGAAAAUCCAAGUUUUCUUGUUGAAAAAGAAAUUAAAAAAUAAGAGUAUUGUUAAAUCAUUAUAUAGAUUGAAAGAAUAUUUAUUAAAAUAAAUUCAAGAAAAAUAAAUAUAAUAAAAAUAAGAAUAAGAACGAAUCAAAAUUGAAGAUAUUAAAGCUGAAGAAUUAGUUAAAAGAUAAUUAGAAGAUAUUAGAAUUAGAUAAAGAUCUAAAUUUGAAAUCCCUCCAUAAUCAUAAAUCUAAGGUAGUUUUUGAUUGAUAUAUUAUUAUAUAAGAAAAAUCUGGAAUUACCAAGAAAAUCUCAAAACCCUCCAAAAUUAUCCAUUUCUCCUUAAAAAGAUGGACUAUUCAUGUAAAUCUAUAAAUCUAAAUUUACAAAUAAUACAUAAUAAAAUGAUAUACUUCAAAAAUUAAGUAAUAUCUAAGUAAUUUUAAUAUUAAUUUAUAGAAUAAUAUUAAUAAUCUUUAAUAAUCAUAAUUGAAAUAAAAUGAUGUUUCAUCUGUUAGAAAUAAUAUAAAAUAAAUGAUAAGAAAAUCAAGUUAAUUACUUCCAUAAAAUAAUGAUCUAAUUUAAGAAUAACAACAAUAUUAAUCAAAUGAUAAAUAAUUAGAAUGUGAAACUAUAUUCAUCCCAGCUAAUUAAAAACUUAAUACUGAUAUAGAUACAUCAUAAUAUCAGCCAUCCUUAUAAGAAAUAAGCAAAUCUACUCAUAAUUUCAUUUAAAAUAAUAGUUUUUAAUAGCCAUAAUUAAAUAAUAUGUCUACUAUUAGUAAUCCUAUUAAUAAUUCAUAACAUUAUUCAUCUUAAAAUUAGAAUAUCAAUUCUAUAAUAAAUCAUUCAAGAUUAACAAUAAGUUAAUUAACUUAAAGAGAUAGAUCUAUAUCUAAUGAAAAAUAGAGUGAAGAAUUAUUAGCUAAAGUUGAUGAAAUCAAAGAUGAAAUUAAAGGAUUAUAAUAAAAAUUAAAAAAAGUAAUGAUUAUUUUUAUAUUUAUAGCCUGUUCAAACUAAUUUAUAAUUAAAAUUACCACAUAGAACAGCUAUGUUAAUGUAAAUAUCAUCAAAAAAGUAAUUAUUAUAUAAUAUUCUUUAGUUAAAUUUAAGUAUAAAAACAAGAAGAUCCAAAAUCAUCCCAAAGAAACUGA